AUGAUUUCACAUCAUUUUUCUAUGCAAGUAAGUGCUUCAUUCUAUGGUGCUUUUUCGUCAAAAACAUUUUGGGGCUAUGUUGUCGCUUUCUUUCAUAUACUUCCGUUUUAAUUUCCAAGACUAUGCUAGUUUCUCUUCUUAGGACCAGUGUAUCAAAGUGUGAUCAAGUGAUAAAUAGAAAUGAAACUCAACGAUGUAAUGAAUUGUUCUGAUGAAAAGACCGCGACUUCAAUUUAUUUUGUUUCUUACAAAUAUACCGAUAGAAAAAUUAUUUGCUGGCACAAUUAUCGUCAGCCGACGUUGGGCGCGAAAAGAGAGAAUUUCCAUGAUGCUGAAAAAUAUGAAACAGAUAAUGUCAAGUAGGAAGCUCAAGCAGGUGCCUAGGGGGAAUAAUAGAGCGAGGGUGGAAUGAUAUGAUAACAAAAGUUGUUUUUUAAAGAGUAGCUGUUCUGUUAUAGCAAGGAAGUUGCUUUCAAACCAAAAUAUAGGUGAUUAAAACACCGUUAACUAAACUUGACAAGUUUCCUCUCAACUGAGAGUUUCUCCCUGCCAAUGUAGAUGGCCUUGAAAUUUUGUCUUUGUCCAAUACCUGAUAUGCCAGCUCUUCAUCAAGAAUGCAUUUGAAGACAUAGGUAUUAAAAAGUGAUUUGCAAAUGAAAAAUGGAUUGAAAAAGUCAUUUGAUAGGGACAUGUAAAUUAUCUUUGCGAUCAAUGUGAUUGACAGGGAGCUCUAGUAGAAAUAAAUGGAUGUCACAAGAGUAACCCAUCGAGAAACUUGACUUUGCAGAUGCCUUUUUUAACCUCUGGAGACUGGUGUUUUAUGAUAAAAUGUUUUGCUACUUCUACAGACACCUUGUUCUUCCUCUCCCUGCCAAAAUGGAGGUACGUGUUUAGCAAACUACAAAGAAGACACCUAUCACUGCCUCUGUGGAGACGGCUUUAUUGGAACAUAUUGUGAAAAGGGUAAGCAUUUUUUUUUUCUUGCAAACUCUGGGACGCAAUGGUGGUGGUGACAAGUGAGACGAAUUUCAAGUAAAAAAAAUAGACAAUAUGCAAUAAUGAUGAAAGAUGGGAUAUUCUGGAACUAAGCAAUAGUCUGUGUAUAAAAAUCCUUUCCUUAAACAGAACCUUUUCGAUAAAAAUCUCCAUUGUCAUUUUAUUCACGUUAGUUUAGCCAGGCAGAAAGUUUACUUAUUUUUCAAUAGAAAAAAAUAUUGACAAAUCUGUGAACAUAAAUCCCUGUAUAACACCACAGUUUAUGUGAUAAAAUAAUUAUAAGGUUUCAUUUAUUGUAAGCACGAUAAAAUUAUAUUGGUGGUAACGAUAAUCACAAUGAUUAUGAUAAUAACAAAAGAAUAAUAUACAGAGGGAUGAUGAUUAUAACAUUAAGUGCCACAAAAAAUUUAAAUAAAAGUAGCUUUAAGGUGUUAUAAAGGAAGACGUAAGACCAAGCGACAUCAAACUGUUACAAAUCCAAAAAGCGCUGCUGCCAAGUACAGUGCACAGACUGAGAAGAAUUAUUGCCAUGGAGUUUAGAAAAUCCUUCCAGCGUCAGAAAACCAAAUCGACUCCAGACACAGUUUUUGCUCUGAAUUCUGUAAAAGUUAUUUAGGUAGCUUAGAUGUGUAACGAUGUGGCUUUUUUUAAUAAAUGUAAUUCAAGAAAGUAAUUCAAACAAAGUCAAACUUUUUUUCUCCUUCCAGGUGCGGUUUCAUGUAAGGAAUUGCAUGACGCCAACAUGUGAGUUUUUGAGGAAAGCUGCGAACCAAUAUUCAACUAUGCGAUAAAGAACACUUUAAUUUUUAGAGAAUUUUUUAUUGCUCUGUAAUGGACUGUGGGAGGCGUAGUGGCCUUAUGACGAGUUAUAAUGGCCGAGGGUCCUUGUGGUUACAAGGGUCGAGGGUCCGAUAUGGCCGUGUCAAUGUCCUUGUCGAUGGUAAUAGUCGACUAGUAUCUCAUAGUCGCCUCAUGCUAUAAAAACCGGGAUAAGCUCCGGCUGGAUGAGCCAGUUGAGUCGAGUAUAUACCUCUGUACCGACCUGACGAUCUAUCUUUGAAAGACUUUUUAUGAAAUUUUCGUGCUGUUCAAAUUCAUCACUUUGUGCCUCUUUCAACAGGUUAAACAGGAGUCAAGUGGUUAUUCUUCGCUUUAACUCAGAACCCGUUUACGUUCUUUGUCAAAUGGGAGAUUUUGGAUGUGGAGCAGGACCAUGGACGCCAAUUAUGAAGACUGAUGGCAACCAGGUUAGACAUGAAGUGUGUAAUCAAUAUGUCUCUGUUUAGUCAAUUUCUGAAGCAUAUAUUAGGUGUGAAUUUGUUUGCUUGCCACUUACGUCAAUAAAGGUGUUUAAAUUUCGCGAAUCUUGGCCAUAACUAAGUGAAAAAAAAACUUGCAGACGUUAAUUCACUGCUAAUUAAGAUCUACAAAAAUGUUACGUGAUUUGAUUUGUGACAAAACCUCUUACGGUAAGCUCUUGGACGUUCGUUGAAUUCAAAAGUUUCUAACGCAAGCUGGAUGGCACAAACUGUGAAAAUAGGGAAAGUGAGGCCAUGUCCCAAAAAAAGGAGGUAUCUGAACUAUCAUCAUGCCUCGAAUGUUGAGACCGGUUCUUCUUCCUUUUUAGAAUACCUUCCAUUUUGACUCUGUUUACUGGAAUAAUUGA